AUGGCGCCUUCACGCCGGGCGAAGAAGGCCUACAGUGCCGUCGUCUACGAUAUCUUCCUAUGGACCUUCACUAUCAUCAUCGACCUCUUCUUCCGAGAGAUUCACCCGCGAAGCACAUGGCGCAUUCCAAAGAAAGGGCCUGUCAUCUUCGUCGCGGCGCCACACGCAAAUCAAUUCGUUGACCCACUGCUCUUGAUGCGCGUGGUAAGACACGAUGCCCGCCGCCGGAUCGCGUUCCUUGUCGCCGAGAAGAGCAUGAGGAGACCGUUCAUCGGCUUUGCUGCAGGUCUGGUGGGUUCCGUGCCAGUGGGAAGAGCGUUGGACUCCAAGAAACCGGCCACGGGCAAAAUAUACCUACCAGACCCCACCGACGAUCCGAAAUUGCUCAAAGGCAUCGGUACCGACUUCACAAGUGAUGACUUCAUGCCGGGCGGCCUUAUCGUGUUGCCCGCGGUCAACGGCACCUCGGCCAACACUGAGAUCGCCGAGAUUCUGGGACCCACCGAGCUGAGACUGAAGAAGCCAUUCAAGGGCGAGACGGCUGUGCAACAACUCACCGGGAAGCUGGACAAUGCAGAUAACAAGCAUGGUGGCAAGUUCGAGGGUGUGAAGUUCAGUGUUGCGCCGCACGUCGAUCAGAGCGAGGUGUAUGAGGCUGUCUUCCGGAGAAUUCACCAAGGCGGAUGUAUUGGCAUCUUCCCUGAGGGAGGUAGUCACGAUCGGACGGAGCUACUGCCCUUGAAGGCUGGCCUCGCGAUUAUGGCCUUGGGUGCUCUCGCGGAGAAUCCAGACUGUGGUGUUACAAUUGUCCCUGUAGGCAUGAACUACUUCGCGGCGCACAAGUUCCGGUCACGAGCGGUCAUCGAAUUUGGUGCUCCGAUAAGCAUUGCACCUGAGGUGGUUGAGCAAUACACCAGUGGCAACCGACGAGACGCAAUUGGCAAGGUCCUGGAGAAAGUCUAUGCCGGACUCGAGGCCGUCACCGUGCAAGCUCCGGAUUAUGACACUCUGAUGUUGAUUCAAGCAGUACGCCGCCUGUACAAACCACAUGGGAAAAAGCUCCCAUUGUCUUAUGUGGUCGAGUUAAAUCGGAGACUCAUCAAGGGCUACAAGACCUACAAGAAUGAUCCGCGUGUCGUCAAUCUCGUCAAGAGUGUGUUGGCCUACAAUAAGCAGCUCUUCGAUCUCAACAUCCGUGAUCAUCAGGUCAGCUACGCCAGAUUGCCUUGGUAUACUGUUCUGGUGACUUUGGUAUACCGCUUGAUCAAGGUCAUAGUCUUUUCGGUCUCAUCGAUUCCUGGCGUCAUUCUCUUUGCACCGGUGUUCAUCUGCGGAAAGAUCAUCUCUAGGCGCAAGGCAAAAGAGGCAUUGGCUGCGUCCACGGUCAAAGUGAAGGCUCGCGAUGUUGUGGCGACGUGGAAAAUUCUCGUGGCCAUGGCGCUUGCGCCCACUCUGCUUAUCAUCUACACCAUCAUCUUGACCGUUUGGGGAGUGCACAACCGCGUCAAUGGCUGGAUCCCGACAUGGCUGUCGCUGUGGCUUCUGCCUUUCGUGGGUCUCGCUGUCUUCCCCGCCAUCUGUUUCGCCGCGCUCCGCUUUGGCGAAAUUGGAAUGGAUAUCGUCAAAUCGCUUCGACCUCUCCUACUCUCCUUAAAUCCUGCCUCCUCCAACAUCCUCCUGAAACUGCGGAAACGGCGCGAAGCCUUACAGGACGGCAUCAACGAGAUCAUCAACGAGCUGGGUCCUGAAUUGUUCCCAGACUUCGACCAGAACCGCAUCAUCACCGACUCUUCACAUCCUCUCCACUCCCCUGAACGAUCCGGCCCUACCACGCCCAAGACCCGUCGCGAUUCCAACGACGCUUCGCUACACUUCUCCCAGACCCCUUCGGCGGCAAGCCAUUCGGCCACAAGCGCUCAAGCACAUCUCCUACCCCUCACCGAAAGUUUCAAGAACAUCGGCUCAAUCAGCAUCUUCGCAUCACGGCCCGGCACGCCAAACCGUGCCCGCAGCCGCAGUCGUGCCAGCAGCUCCGACGGUCAUGGCGGAGGUGGCUUCCGUUUGCAAGGGUUCACUAGUCUGGAGCCGACCUCAACACUCAGCAAGCCCUCGAACCUGGACGAGGUCAGCAAGAACCUGCACGAGGCUAUGCGGGAACGUGGACGCAGGCGCAAGGACGAAGAUGGAUGGGUCAUUGAGAGAGAUCUCAAAGACGAAGCGACGACUCCCGGGAGCGAAUACGAGCUCGUGGAGGAGCCACGGAAGGAUGUUUGA